CUGAGUUAUACCCGAUGGAACUAUCAUAUUCUCUUAGUUCGACAGAAACGCAAUGGAUAUAUUCCAGGUGUCGAUGCUCAACUAGAACCAUUCGACGUCCCAUUGUCUGAUCUUGAAAAAGACACCGAACCUGUGACGACAUUGAAGGAGCAGUGUUCACGAUUCCUGAAUCAUUAUAGAUACUUCUGUCGUACAUCUAAUAUUGCAACAUACAACGAGGAGGUUCGAAUUAUCUGCGAGCGAUACAGAACCUACUGUUCGGAUCGAGUUUAUCCUUCCAUAAAUCAUAUUCGACGACAGAUUUCAUUCUGGAAGCAUUCCGGACUUCCAGUUGGUGCUCAAAAAGCGCUAACGAGAUGUUAUUCACACUGUAAGGAAACGGAUCCUGUUUGUGUAAAUGCAUGCGAAUGCCUACAUUUGCAAUGGGUGAUGAACUACGAAUGUUACCCUGGGAUUCGAGCUCCGGCAGGUCCUAAUUGUCAAAGAUGGGCACAAAAGUGCCGGGCAGUUUGGAAGCCGCUACCCGACUACACACCCUCUGAUUUCACCGAAAUGGCUCCUUGGCCACUUGUUAGAGGCCAAUUCUACGGAUACGAUGCUUUAGGCAAUUAUCGUACCUUCAAUCGCCCACGCGAACACGGUGUAUCAUUUUAUCGCGGCACGAACACUGUUCUAGUCGAUUGGCCCGAAGGAAAGGUCUCCAGUGCUUCUGUGAUCGAAGUCCCAGCUGUUGGUGUUAAUGUUAUCUAUAACGCGCUUGAUGUUGGGUUUCCAAAUCCUCGAAGAACUCUCAGCGAUCUUACAAAGGAGAAUCUGGCUCCGCUUAAUCAAGGAACUGGCAGGAAGAAGAGUAUGAUGGCAGUAAUUAGACGGACAUAG